UGCGACCGCAUUGGUUGCCUUUCCCCGGCCAGCUCCUCUCCGAUUGGGCGGAACGGACGUCCGUGGCAGCAGGACAUACAGCUGCUUCCCAAAAUAAUAACCUCAACGGGGCUAACAAUGGCAUUGUCACCUGGACACCCCAAGGAUGGCUCCUGUUGCUCCCACCAUGUGGUCGUGCCAAGUGUUCACCAAACUCUGGAAGAGAUGGAUUUUGAGAGAGGGAUUUGGUGUGCUGCUCUGAAUGGAGACCUUGAGAAGGUCAAAAAACAGAUCCUAAACCACAGUAAUCCCAGCGAGCCAGAUCCCUUUGGAUACACAGCUUUGCAUUACGCCAGCCGCAAUGGCCAUUAUGACGUCUGCCGAUUCCUCCUGGAGAACGGAGCUGCCUGCAACGCUCAGACCCAUGGCGGGGCCACCCCUCUCCACCGAGCCUCUUACUGUGGGCACACGGAGGUGGCUGAGCUCCUGCUGACCUACGGGGCUGAUCCAGCAGCCACCGAUGACGAUGGGAGGACCUGCUUGCACAAGGCAGCCGAGAAUGGACAUGAAGACCUCUGCCUCCUCCUCCUGGAGCACAACUCUGACCUGAGACGCCUGCAGGACAAGAGCCUGCGCCGCGCCUGCGAUUUGGUUCCUGACAAGAACGAGGACUUGAGGAAGCUUCUGGAGCAGGGAGCUGAUUGUUGAGGAGAUGAGGCAUUCUCUUAAGCAAACACUUCCACCGUCCUGCCAACGUCCUCUGGUAUUACAAAGGCGUGUGUGAACCAAGCCCACUUUUGACCUGUAUCUGUGUAGGAGGUGUAAGCAGUCUCACACUUCUAAUUGCUCCUCUUCAAGGCCUGGCCUAGAUUUCAGAGCCACCAAAGGAAGAGGGGGGCAUGGCCGUGACUUUGGGUAAGGCUGGGAUUAUGCUGGGGUCCCUGUGGUUGCUGAAAGAGAGUUUGUGGGGUAUUAGAGGGCCACUCCCACCCCUUAAAAGCAGCUGGAUCUUGGGAAUGGCCAUUGCUCAGGUGUUAGGCAUGUGGCCUUCCUCAAUCAAGCUCCUUAAUAAUAAUAAUAAUAAUAAUAAUAAUAAUAAUAAUAAUAAUAAUAAUAUAUUAUUAUUAUUUAUACCCCGCCCAUCUGGCCAGGUUCCCCCAGCCACUCUGGGCGGCUUCCAACAGAACAUUAAAAUACAGAAAUCAAACAUUAAAAGCUUCCCUUCAAUCGGCUAACGACAUCCCUGGAUUUGGGGCUCUAGGAAAAGAAUUGGCGGCCUUUACCCUAAGACACAGUUUGGAGAUGUCAACACUCCGGGGUGCUUCCUCCCCCUGCUAACCUUGUAGCCCCAUAAAUAUGUCACAAAUGUUAUGAUAAACUGCAGUGUUGAUGAAUUGGGUAGACUAAUUUAGCAGUAUUUUACUGGGCAGCCGAAUUUGAAAACAGUUUAGAAAAAAACUAAAAAAAGAGAGUGCAAGCGUUUGUGAAAACUAGCUGAUCAUGCCCUCUCAGAAGAGGCAUUGGAAGAUGCUGAAAUCCCUCUUCUCAGGUGGUUCUUGCUGAAGUACCUGGGUGCACCCUCUUAACUCAAAGGAUUGGAUCCAGAUUUACACUGGAUUUAUGGGAACCUUUUGGAAAAAGUGUAUUUCCAAGGUUUGAUGGCUCAUAGCACUACUUUCUUUUGGAGUAAUACCAUAAAAUUAAAUAUAAAUGGAAAGAUAAUUUAAUAAAGAAUGUAAUGCAAUAUCUUUUAUGAAGGAUUAUUUAUUACAACAGCAGUCAUAAAGAAGAAACGUGAAAUACAUAGAAAAAAUGAGAUAUAAAAAAUUUUCUCCCCAUGCCAGUUACUACUUAGUUGGGUAACCUUUAGCCUUUCCAUGGAGUGAACCAAGUCUUUUAGUUCUGCAGCUGUAGGAACGUGAAACCAAAAUUGAAUUAUUGCCUCUAUUAAUUGGGUUUUAUUGCUGGUUUGCUUCUGACUAACAAGUUUCUUUAGAUGGCUCCAUAGAUUUUGGAUUGGGUUAAGGUCUGCUUAUACACCUUCAAAAAUUUAGAAGUGCCACCUUUGGUGACGUUUCCACCAUUUUUUCUUCUAAUUUCUUCAUAACUGUAGCCUUCUUCACUUAAUAGUACUAUUUUACAUCACCUUCUGGGUGAGCAGUCAACUCUUUGUUCCAUUUCUUUAAUUUUAUUACGUUUUACAAGCUCACUAAAUGAAAGAACAAAAAAACCCCAAGCAACCUGAUAGCAAUCAUAUAACAUACUGACAAAUGUCCUCCUUAUUUAUGUUGUAAUAAAUAACCCAUAUCAAAUCAAUAACAUACCAUGGUUACAUAAAACGCAUAGACAAACACACUCAACAUAACCAGCUGCACAAAAAUAAUAAAACUCUUCAAUAUAUGUGCCAGGGGGACUCCCUACAGGGACCCUCCCCCAGGCAUCCUGACCAGCACUUUGCCCAGUGACAGCGCAAGCAGCGGGUCGGGAGGAAGGAAUGAGGAAUGGAGCGGAAUGGAGAGGGGGCUCCAAGACGCGUCAGAGCCCCUGCACCGACCCAGCUGGCCAGAGGAGGGAAGGUGUCGGAGCCUCUGCAACGCUCCAGCCAAAGGACGGGAGAAGGAACGCAGCCCCUUCCGGCGCCCACGUUGGGUCAUGCACCCAGACGUAGGGCAAGGGGGCGGCGAUUUGCGGUCCCCAGACUAUUAUGCUGGCGCAAGAACAGACAAGCGCCAUUGCCGGGUUCUGAAUCAGACUAGGCGGUCUGUUUUCUGAUGUCUCUGCACUGUAAAUAGUAUGCACAAUAAAGCUCUUAAAGACAGAGCAGACUGGAGCGUCUUUACUCGAGAGUAGCCGCAACAAUCCCCUGACAGCAACCCGGCAAUCCUUGAGGCUAUUUUCGGGAUGGCCGCAGCGCAAGCAGCAGUGGCGUUGGCUGCCGCACAGGCUGAAGCAGCAGCGGCGAAACAGGAGGUGGAGAACGCAAGAGCAGAGGCUCUCCAACUUGCGCAGCGGCUGGAAGCCAAGAACCGGAGAGAGCAGGAACGCGUGACGCUUCUCAAUGCGAGUUUGGAGGAGCGGCGGCUGGCGGACCCCCCCCCCCAGGAGCCUUUGGAAAGAAGGUACCGUCCCUAGUAACCAAGUUUAGUGGUGACCCGCAGGAGUACUUGGGGUUCAAGAUGGAAGUUAAUUACGCCCUGAAGUUGCAGGAGGGGGAAUUCGCAGAUGACAAACAGAGGGUAGCGUCUGAACACU